UGUGUCUUAAAUGUUUACAAGAAGGAAAAUUGUUCAAGCAAUGAAAAGCUCUGUUGAUCUAAAUGAUGAUAAUGGCAUUUGUAAUUAAGGAACUUGCAUGUAAAAGUUUUAGUCUAAUUGCACUUGUGGGGUUGUAAAUUAAGUUAAUUGCAACAAAAGUUAAAAUUGCUUAGAUUUUGCUGCCAUAAAUGGAAGUUGUUUUGAAAAAUGUAAUUCGUAUUAAAAUAAUUGUUUGUGUGGAAUAGAUGCCUAUGACCUUUGUUGCUUCCACAUACUGUUUAUUAUAAUCUAAAGGCGUCUGUAUGCCAGAAUGCACUUCAACAGAUCCUCGAAAUUGCAUUGCUUUGUCUGAUAAUUCUGUAUGUCAAGAUAAUUUGGGUACCAUUUUUAAUGCCACCACUGGGAAAUGUGUAACAAAUUGUACAGAAAAUGGUUCAACUGAUUGUUUCUGUGGGUUGAUUACAUCAAAUAUAGACUAGAAACAGAUAUGUUAAUCAGGGUUUGAGUGCAAAUAUGUUACAACUUCAUAAAGUGAGUGUGUUGAAAAAUGCACAACAAAUAAAAAAUAAAGUUGCUAUUGCGGAUAAGAUAAACCAUCAUAUUGUGAUGAAAAGUAAACCUGUGCAAAUCCAUCCUAAUAAAUUGGAGGAUGUACAAAUAAUAUAAGUGAGAUUUAAAAUGUCUAAUAUUCAAAAUAAUUCAAUUUGGAAUAUGUGCAAUAAUUGUUUUUUCCAUCAUUAUAUGAGAUUAACAAAAUUAUUAUAUAUAUAAUAUUAUAAUACCUACAAUUUAUGUUAAAUUUUUUGCAAUUUCUAAAGCAUUCCUAUGAAUAUCUAAUUUUUUGA